AUGCUAUAUCUCCAUCCGUUGUUUUUGAGUUUCUUUCUUGGUUCUGCAGCCCGACGAUUCUGGACGCACCGAAGCAUUGAAGUCUUUGCAGCCACCAUGACUAAACCAGCGAUGGAACCGCCUCCGGGCAAAGAGUCCAACUUUGACAAUCCGAAUCGAGAGUUGUACUACAUCUGCAUUGCCUCGAAUACGAUUGCAAUGUCUGUAUGUACCAUCUUCGUUUUUCUGCGGUUGUGGGCCCGGUACAGGCUGGCGAUGAGGCUUCGGCUAGAUGAUAUUGCUUGUGUCAUUGGAUAUAUUGGGUUCAUGGGGUACUGCACUAUGUGCCUGUUGAUGUUGAGAUACGGUGGUGGCCUUCACCAAUGGGAUGUCCCAGAGCAUCUAAUAACGCAGUACAACCAGACCGUCUACGCGACCAUGGUCAACUACGGCCCAACUGUCUUUGCCAUCAAAGCAGCCAUUCUUCUCUUCCUCGCCAGCAUCUUCGCCCCAUACAAGACAUAUGUCAAGUGGAUAUACGGCUUCCUCGGGGUCAUGGGUGUCUACUACGUUGCCAUGCUAUUCCUCAAGAUGUUCAUCUGCCGUCCGAUCUCAAUGUUCUGGGGCGCUACCACCGAUGGCGAAUGCUUUAAUCAGCGAGUUCUCAUUCUUGUCGAUAACAUCAUCAGUCUUCUUAGCGAUAUCGUUGUCCUUCUCCUUCCCUGUCCUCUUACCAAGAAACUCCAGGUGGGACUUGUCGCAAAGCUCAAGAUCGUCGCUAUCUUUGGAGUCGGAGGGAUAGCCUGCAUCUUUAGCCUUGUUAGGCUAGUCUUUAUCAUCCAUAAUGGGGAAAGCCCGGAUCAGACAUACGUCUUUCUACAAAUCAACUUGACUGGAAUCGCUGAGUGUGGUAUUGGUGUCGUCUGUGCGUGCUUCCCGUUCAUGCCGAUGUUAUGGAAGUCCAUUCUUCACAAGGAUAAGCCAGGCUAUUCAUCCAAUUACUCAAGGUCCCAGUUUGAGAUGAUGAGUUCGUCCAAACAGCGAUCGCGAAACACGGGGCACACACCAGAAAGCGUGCACUAUAACGAGGACAUGGGAAGUGAUGAGAAUGUUCUCAUACCGAAUGGCAAGGCGUACGUCACCACUAACGUUCGUGCGGGCGAUGUUACUACUGAGGGAAGCACUGGUAGCAUUGGUGAUGGUAAUGGGGGACACGGAUUCACUUUAUCAUAUCCACAUCACCAAAACCUGCAAAGUCAAUGGGAAUGA